GUGAAAGAGGGAACAACAAAGGGAGAACCCGGGAUAAGCCAGCCAGGAAGCUUCCCAAUUCACCCAGUAUCCCUGUUUAUUUAUUUUGCUUUCCCCUCUUAUCCUCGUCCAGCCCCUGCGCAACAGAUCCGACCUCCAGCUGCUUCGAAUCCAACAAUCAUCCAACUCACCCGAUGCGAUGACCCUCGACCUUUCCCUCCCGGCCACCUGCCCUCCUCUCUGUCACCCCCGCUACUAUGAAUGCAACCAAGACUUGGCUGCCUUCGCUCUAUACACCCUCGUCGAUAUUCCAGAAUCAGAUCUCUCAAAACUCCUCCUCUUCCUGAACCAUGAAUGGUGCCACGGUGACGAUGAUAUCCCACCCAUAGUCCGCACGCCCAAAACGUACAACUUCACCGGCAAAACGCUAAAGGACAUCGUCAAGGCUCAGACCGAGAUGGACAUGCAAAUGACUCCCCUCACCGGUGCCCAGGCAAAUUAUGAACUGGGCUGGCAUCCGGAGGCCUUCCUCGUCGUAACGACGCGGGACUGUGUUCAACCCGGCAAGGGUCUGCUCCUGGUAUUCAUGGAUGACUAUGACAAUGAAUUCGAACAAUUGGAUGACCCGGAGGUGCGGCGGAUGGACAAAUGCUUCCUUCCAAUCGAAGAGGCCCCGAUGGUGCUCUCGAGCUUUCAACUUACGGACAUGGCGUUUAUGGACGCGAAGGCCCAAUUUGGGGGUGGGGAUGAGUUGGUAGGGCCUUAGUCUUGUCUUUUUUGAUGGCUUCUGUUGAUCGCGUUGAAUUCCGG